UGAUAUCUAUAGCAUGCAUAAUCAAAUUCCUAAUUUAGUCUUCUAAGGAAGAGGCUGUAAGAUGUAAGAUAAGAGUCGUGUGCAAUGGAUCAAUCGCCACAAAAGUGUAGUAAAAAUAUUUCAUUAAACUGAUAAGAAAGACUCUACAAAUGCGACAAAUUAUAAGUAGAAAGUCACUUAAUUUGAUUAUUCUAAAUAAAUUCAUAGUGAAGAUAGUAAGUACUACCAUAUCCAACUUACUGUCAUCAAUAUAGUUAUCAAUUGCUAUUAACUUAGGUCUAUUAUUACUAUUAAAUACUAUUAUUAUUACUAGAUUUAGUUCUGUUGGCUUACAGUUGUCUCCCAAUCUUCACCCGCAUUUUCGUCCUCGAUUUGUCACUUUUUAAUUACAGCGAACUAGUCAUUCAAAUUAUCUAACACAAAAUUAGAGAAAGUUUUUCUUUGUUCUUACUAUUUAGAUGUCAACUGUUGCUUUUAGUACUAGGAAUAGUAAUAGUAGUAGUAGUUCAAAUAGUACUGAUAACGUUAAUUCAACGAGCUCAGCUGUGCUUACUCAAGAUACUUCAUCUAAUCCAUUAACAACAACUUUUGAUUUAAAGCCUCAUUCGUCUAUAUCAGCCUCACUAGAUUCAUCCAUAUCUAGUGGAACUACUAUUACUUCAUCAUCAACUGAUAAUAAUAACUUAGUUCCUCAUAAUUUUCACCAUAAUCAUAGUCAUAUUAGUACAUCUAUUUUACUUAACUCCAAUAAUAAUAAUAGUAGCGAUAAUUCUGUUACUACAGAUCCUUCAUAUCUAUUCCCAUCAACUCCAACAACUCCAAGAUCUUUAGUUCCCUUAACGGAAUUAGCUUCAUCUAGUAGUCAUCCUGUUACCCCAUUACAUUUAAUUCCAUCAAUUGCACCUUUAAUUUCAACUACAAAUCAAACUGAUAUUGCACCACCUAUAAUACCACCCAAUGAUUUAUUAAUUCAUUCAUCUUCUACUUAUGUUAAUUCAUCGACCUCAAAUUCCAAUAAUUCAACUUCUAAUAUUAAACAUUCGCUAUCAACUAGCCAUAAUAAAAUGCCCAAAUUAAUGGAAAAUUCUAAUGAAGCAUUAAGUAAUACUAAUAAUGAUAAUAUAAACAAUAUCAAUAGUUCUAAUCUUUCGGUUGGUACAACCACAGCUACUAUAAUCAAAUCACCGUCAGUUGCUUCAGAUAUUUCAUCUACUUCAUCUACUACAACUGGUUCCAGCUCUUCGACAGGAACUUUUAUAGCCCCUACUUUGAAAUCUUCAAAAAGAUCUUCUUCAACCUCGAAUGAUUUAUUAUACGAAAGAGAUAGAUUUAGAGCAAGACUUCAAUCUUUCAAUAAUAAUGCAUUAGACAUUUCAGAAGAUUAUACAGAACCCUUCGCUACUGCUAUAAUAAAUACUCAUCCUACUCUUCAUGAAAAUGGGAAUGGAGAUAUAGAUUCUACGUCAAUUAAUGCUGAUAAAGAAUGCGAUGUUUGUGAUAGUAUUGGUUCAAAAACUACAAAGUUGAAUAUUCAUGGAUCAUCAUUCACUCAUCAAACUAAGAAACUCAUCCCUAUAGACUCAUAUGCAGACACUAAUAAUUCAAUAUCGCCAUUAGAUCACAAUUCACAAUUUUACAAGACCAAAUUAUUGAUACACCCAAUAUCGAUAUCGUCUGUAUUUACAAUCAAACUGAUUACAUUAUCACAAUUGAAAUCUGUAUUCUCCUGGUAUUUCAAUUCGCAAUUACCCAAGACUAAUGAAAUGUUCCCAUGGUUGCAUGGUUUGAAUAAGGAUAAUUUUGCUCAAAAACAAUUUUUCUUACAUCAACAACAACAAUUGCAACGGAAGCUUCUCUCAAUGACUCCUAGUUCUACAUCAAACAGUGAAAAUGAAUCUAAUGAUAUCAUACAGUACUUCAACGAGUACAAACUUAACAAACCUAAAGGAAUAAGAUUCCUUAUGUGUGUCGAUAGUUCAACUCUUGAUCCAAAUGAUAUGUUAAGCAUGGACGGUGUAAUGGAGAAUAGUAAUCUGCGAUCUGAAAAUUCUGAUAGAGACAUGGUUGUAUUUAAGAAUACCAUUAAAUUGAAUGAAAUCCUUCUGAAAAUUGAAGUUUCUAAACUAGAAGUUAAAAAUAUUCUUGUGGAGAUCUUGACUUCUAUAGGAUUGAUUAACAAUAUAGACCUUUCAGAAUUACUACAAGAUUGUAUAACUUUAAAUUCAUUACCAAUAUUUUUAAAUCUUGACCCAGAUAGAGGUAUUUCCCUUCGGAAUUUCCACAUUCAAGUAUCAAAGUUAUCCACUUGUUCAGAUUUUAUUGUAUAUAAUUCAUCCUUAAUUGGCUCACCGAAUUUGAAAUUUCAAUAUAGUAUUGCUAGAUUAUUGUGGAUAGCUCAGCAAUAUGAAUCACAUUUGAAUGAUCCAGAAGCUAAUACUGAAUCUCCUUAUAAUGUGUUUAUUUUUACUGACUCACAAGAUUCAUUAAAGUCAUUACGGGACAGUCUGGGUAAUUCAGGCAAUGACAAGCCAUCCAUAUCGAACUUCUCUAAAAUUGAAUCUAAAUUCUUAUGGGAAAAAUAUAAACGAUAUAAAGAAAGUCAGCUGGGAAUAGUUGAUAAUGACAAUAAUCAAGAUAAAGAAUCAGUUGCCCAAUCAUCACCACUCCUUUGGGAAAAUGAUUAUCAAAUUAAAGAAAAGAUUGAAACUACAAGGAUGUCAUCGGCCACUAAAUUAGAUAGAAAUAUCUGGUGUGGGAAUUACUGGGAUUAUCAAAUACUGUUAACAUUCAUAUUAGAAAAUGAUAAAUUGACUAACUUUGAAGAGCCCUCUCAAUUCAUAGAUUUUUAUUGUCAGCCUAAGAAUUCAAUUGUAAGUCAAACUGAUAAUGUAAAUGCUAACUUAUUAGAUUAUCUACCAUUACCCCGAGCUAAUUGGAGACUUUUCAUAUACUGUCAUAAUGAUGCUACAUUCCCUGAUUUAUCAACCCUUUCUAACCUUCUUUUCAAAUCUACUAUCCAAUCACAUAAUCCUAAAGACCUCGAUGAUGAACAAUAUUUUGAAUAUCAUUUAUUAGAAUUUCCUCCACUGGGUUCAAUAGGAAUAGGUGAUUGUAAACCUGAAAAUCUCAUGUCAAUUAUCAAUACUUGUAAAUUAAUCUACUUAUAUUCAUCCUCAACACAAGUUGAUGCAUUUGGAAGUUUGAUUUAUUGUUCUGAUGGUUAUACUGAACUGUCACUCCUUGUACUCUGUUAUUUAAUGUAUGCUCAUAAUAUUUCGUUAGAUGAUGCUAUGCUUGAGUUACAUGUGACUUUUGGUAGACCAUUUUAUAUUUUCAAUAGUGAUGUAAUAAUUUUAAGGAAAUUAGAAACAUUAUUGAAUAAAUUAAGUCCUGAAAAUCCAGAAUAUAAAGAUAUGAUUAAUUGGAAUCAAUUAGAGAAAUUAACAAGUGUAGAAGUUAAUGAAAUAUUAUUGGGUCCAUUACCAAGCAAAAUCAAUAAAUCUUUAAGAUUAGGAUAUAUUGAAAAUGAUGAUGAUAGUGAUGAUAGUGAUGAUAAUGAAUAUAAUGAAGAAAUAGAGAAUGAUGAAGAAGAUGAUGAAGUUGUUAAUUUAUCAUCAGAAUCUGGAUCUUCAAGUACUGAUUCUUUUCAUGAUAUUUCAGAAUAUUUAUUACAUAAUCCUGUUAUAGAUUGGGUUAAAGAUGUUGAAGGAUCAAUUCCUUCUAAAAUUCUUCCUUAUCUUUAUCUUGGAUCAUUAAAACAUGCUAAUUGUCUUCCAUUAUUAAAUAAGCUCGGAAUUAAGAAAGUUAUUUCUGUUGGCGAAGUAUUAGAUUGGUUAAAUGGUAGUGAAUUCAAGAAAUUUAAUGAUAUUCAAAUUGAAGAUGUUGAUGAUGGAAAUAUUGAAAUGUAUAAGAUUUCAUCAUCUUCAAGAAGUAAAGCUCAUAUAUCGGCUCAGAAGCAUCGUAAAAAUCAGAAGAAACAUCAUAAAUUCCAACAUCAUCUUGAUUGUUCAGUAGAUUCAGUAAUGAAGGUUAAUAAUUUAGAAGAUGAUGGAAUUGAUGAAUUAACUCGAUCCUUACCGGCUAUUCUUCAAUUCAUUAAUAAUGAAUAUGAAAAAUCUAAUGGUAAUACUAAGAUCUUUAUUCAUUGUCGAGUAGGAGUAAGUCGAUCUGCUACUGUUGUAAUUGCUGAAGUUAUGCGUCGAUUAAAAAUUAAUUUACCCACAGCAUAUUUAUAUGUUCGGGUAAGAAGAUUGAAUAUUAUUAUUCAACCUAAUUUAAGAUUCAUGUAUGAAUUAUUUAAAUGGGAAGAAUUUCAAAAAUUAAAGGCAAGACAAGAAGAAACAAAUGCUGAUAAUGAUCAUACUAAUGAUCAUGAUAAUGAUCAUGAUCCAUACUUACGAGAAAUCGAUUGGUUUAUGAUGUGUCGUGAGAUUAUGAAGUUAAAUAUUCCUUAUUUAACCACUUAGUUAACUAAUUAAUCAGUUAACUCUCCAUCUAUUUCUUUCUACUAGAAUUGUAUUAUUAUAACUAUUGUAAGGUCAAAAUUUAUGUAUAUAACUAUAUAUCGUUGCUUAUUUAUUAUUCAUUUAUUUAUUUAUUAUGGCCCUACAUGUGACUUUCUUCUAUAUUUAUGUGUUUAGACUUGAAUACUUUACGAACUAUU